GGUCUCUAUCAGUGUCUUAGCGCUAGCUUUCCCUAGCUCAAAUACCCAGUUUGAGAGGUCACUACUGAAGAGCUAGCUUUACUUCUCUUCACCCCAACAAUGGCACCACUCAAUUUUCAUCUGAUGACCUCUAUAUUUGGGAUUCUGGGUACCGUCGGCUCGUUCCUCGUUUACCUAGCUCCAAUACCAACAUUCUAUUGGAUAUACAAGAAAAAAUCAACAUUUCAGUUCCCAUCUCUACCCUACUCAGUGGCAUUGUUUAGCGCCAUGUUGACGCUCUACUAUGCCUUCCUCAAGACAAAUUCUAUGAUAAUCAUCACGAUAAAUUCAAUUGGCAUCUUAAUUGAAACCGGAUAUCUUGUACUGUUCUUGAUUUAUACACCACCACAAUCCAAGAUCUACACAGCAAAAUUUUUCGGCCUUUUCAAUUUUUUGGGCUUUGGAGUGGUCGUAUUGAGUACAUGUCUCAUCCCAAAUGAUGUUAUGCGGUUGAAAAUCGUCGGAUGGGUUAAUAUCGUGUUUGGUGUUGGUGUAUUUGCUGCUCCUCUUAUUGUUUUGAAAGACGUUAUCAAAACAAAGAGUGUCGAGUUUAUGUCGUUCUCGUUGUCAUUAAGCUUAACGCUAUGUGCUGUCCUGUGGUUCUUCUAUGGCCUUCUAAUAAGAGAUGUAUUCAUAGCGGCACCGAACAUUUUGGGGUUUAUAUUCGGGGUUGUGCAGAUGAUCAUGUUCUGCAUCUACCGGAAGAGCACCAAGAAGGCUGGCUCACCGGAUUCUUGUCAAAAAGAUCAGAUACUAAACACAACCAUGGUUUCUGUUCCGGUGAAUACUGACAUGAAAGUAGCAAUGGCGGUAAUAGACAUCAAUACUCAAAUUCAAUCAAAAACAGGGGAUGCAAAGAAGAGUUCUGGGACUUGUGAUAUUGAGAACCAACAACCAGAGCAGGCGCGGCUAGAUGACAAGCUCACCAACGACACUGCCGUGGGACUCACACUGUAACCGACAAGACCUCAGCCAAAAACAAAAAACUAAAAAGAACAUCUCCUAAACGAUUCGAGCUAUAUGUUUCCAGCGUCUAUAUAUGUGCAUCCAGUGUAGUGGCGUAUGAGUAUUCCAUUUGUAAAUCGAAGGGCGCAAAGUUCAUCAAUAUCAGCUAUUGUCAUAAAUCGAAGACGAGGCCGCAGGCCCAACCAGUGUGAUUGUGUUGAGUAUGUAAAUGAAAUUUCGUUGUCCGAAAUAAUGCAUAGUUAGAGUGCGUUUUCCUGUUUUAUCACCCAUUGGCCAUUGUAGCUAGCUAGCUAGGAUAAAUAGGGAUUUCAACAAUGAAAUAAUAUACGUACUCAA